UUUAUUAUCUCUGGUAUGGUGCCUUGUGCUCUUCUGGUCUGUUGUUUACAUACUAUGUUUGUCCCAUUGCAGUGUUUGAGCACACGCAUCACAGUCUUAAAGCUAAACAUGCUGGGUUAUGACACACCUACUAACGUAGAAAACCAGGCUUAAGGCUUGCAGUCCCACAACAUCAGAAUAGCACUGCGUGAAAGUCUUUUCUCAUUUCUUCUCAGGUUUUUCCACAACAUUUCCAGUAACAUUAUGGAUAACACAAUGGCUUGCAAACCUGUGGAGAGACUGACUUUCUUUGAAAUAUUUAAGGCACAUUGCAGUGAAUCAGACUUAGGACCUGUCAGUCUCAACUGGUUUGAAGAACUCAGCGCAGAAGCACCCCCAUAUGAGCCUAAAUUGUUAGAACUUGAUGGUCCCCUUGGCUGGCUUGAUCAAACGUCUUUUAAAACACCAAGGGCUAAACCCUCUGCAUACAGUCAGCUGGUAUCAACUCCUCCGAUUUUUAAAGAACAAAUAUUGCCACCUUAUUCUUCUCCGGGAAAGGAAGUGGAUCAGAAAAAAACAGAAGCAAGCAGAGAGAAUUUGACAAGCCCAAGUAUCACAAGAAGAAAAGUAAUAGAUCAAGAAAAUGAAAUACUUGCUUCUCCUCCUGGUACCUGUCACAACUUCCUUGCAGCUAGUCCAGCUAUUUUAAGGGAUACUUACAGAACACCACAGAGAAAUAAUAUUCCUGGACCAUAUGGAAGCUUGUUUUGCACACCUAAACUUUUGGAGGUCAGAACUCCAAAACAUAUUUCUGAAAGUCUGGGAGCAGAAGUGGAUCCAGAUAUGUCCUGGUCAAGUUCUUUAGCCACACCUCCUACACUUGGUGCAACAGUGAUACUAGCUAGAGAGAAUGAUUCUGUUUCUGGAGCAAAGCAACAGAAUGGAAGAGCUGAUAUAAUUUCGCACGACUUUUUUUCCAACCAUGAUAACUGUCCUGGGACAAGUGAUGCAAGUAUGCUGCCUGUACCAGAGACAGUAGAGCUAACUGCUGAAGAUGACAUCAAAGAUUUUGAGUCAGAGAUGUUAAAUGGCUUAUUUGGCAAGAUGGAGAGCUUUGAGGAUACAUUCAGCAAACCUGUGAAGUCCAGUGGAACUCUUCUGCUGUUGCCGCGUGCUCUCAAUACAGUGGAGAAAUGUGAAAUAACCACUGGUACAGCACAAGGAGAGGGAGAUGUUCCUUCUGAGCAGCCUAAUAGAAGAAAGGCUGUCAUUUCACAGGAAGUGGAAACAACUAGGUGGACUGAAAAAAGCCACUCUAUUGAACUAAAGGACUCUUUACUCCAAAAGACAGGUGGAGAUACAGGGGAUGGUAAAGAUGGCUGUUUAAUAGGACAUAAGGAACUGGAGUCACUUAGGAUCGCAGGAGAUAGACAAGAUUGUAGAACAUGUAAGUCAUCUGAGAAUGAGAAGCCUGUGAGGGAAAUGCAGUCGUCAUCAAGCCAGUGGUCUCAACUGAACUUAUCUGAUCUUGAUGUAACUCACUUGGAAAUGUCCAUAUGUAGCUCUCCACCUUCUGACUUAUGUAGAGAGAAAAAUUUAGAAGAGAAGACAGUAGUAACGAUGAAGGAUGAUGCUGUGGAAACAUCUUUACUGGAUACGUCAAACUUGAUAAAAGCACAAAAGCUGUUGAGUGUCAAUUUGUCAGAAAAGUCCUAUGAAGUGAAAAAUUCUGAAAACAACCCAACAUCAGAAAUAACUCCAAUAAAAGCUGUAUCUCUGAGUGUUCAAGAUCCAAAGUUAGUAAAAGGAUGUGCAGCUGAGAAGGUUUCCAAAAUGGGCUUCUUAAACUGUAAUUCUUUAUUAAUUGAAAGUACAAAUGUCACAGAGUAUUCUGUAGUCUACAACGGCAGCUUUUCCAAGCAUUUAAAAGCAACUUCUAAAUCUGUCAUAACCGAUGUUCUGUCUCACCCACUUGUAUGUAGUGCUACAUCUCCAAAUAAUGGCAAUGACCUACAUUUAAUAAAUAAUGAAAGUACUCUUACAGAGUCUGGCUUGAAAAGCAGUCUGAAUAUGUUAUCCAGCUUAAGAAAAAGAUCCAAGAGAUUCAUUUAUACAAUAAAUAAUACUUUACUAUAUCAAGAAGAAGAAGUAGAGAAAGAAGUAACCUCUGAGUCACCUAUUCAUCCUGUAUUACCACAUUCCGAAUCUGAUUCGUAUGAAUUUCACAGAUGUCAUGUGGCCAGUGUUGAUGAGCGAGACUGCUUGCUUCUUGCUGAGAGAAAGUGUUUGCAAUCGAAUAUCAAGGAAAAUAAAUUUGGCACUUGUACUUUAAAAAUGGAUAUAAUGGAUAACUCAUCUGGUAAUUCCUUCAGUGACAGGUUGAAGCAACAGGACCUGAGAGACUUAAGGGAAAAUGCAAGAGAAGGUCAACCUGCUACAUCAUUAAAAAGCUUAGAUAUAUCUAAUACAUGGAAAGAAGACAUAAUAAAUUCUUUAAAUAGUGAAAUAACUUCAAAUAUAAAACGUAAAGUUCUAGCUUCAGCAUGCCUAAUGGCAAGAAAGCAUUCCAAAUUGUUCCCUAAAGGCUGUUGCUCAGAGAAAGGCAAGAAAGAUAAGUACAUGGGUGCUACUGUGAACAGUGGAGGUUCUGUACCUUGGAGCCCGAAAGAAGAACUUGCAUGGUCUUCCCCCAAGCAUAAUGAACACUUGGUUGAUGCGCAUCAUGCCACUACAUCUGUGACAGACAGUAGUUUCAAUAAUACUUUGAGUCAGAUCGACAUUGGCAUAAAUGGAGUCAGUAGUGAUUGUUGUAAUAAAGUAUCAACUGAUAAAAGGCUUGCUACAGACCAGUGGUCAGUAGCUGGCUGUAGAGAAGCACUUGAACCUCUGGGAGUAAACUGCUCAGAAAGUCAUAGUACUGGAUUAAAACAAGAGGAGAAAACAGAUGCAGCUGCCUCCUCAAAAGUUAGAGUCAACAAUGAAAAGCCAAAGUGGACUGAAAACAGUGAAAUCCCUCAAGCAGCUGAUUUCACUAAUGUAGCUGUGGAGAUCGCUAAAGAAUCCAUAGAUUGUGUAGAUGAUAAUUCUUUCAAUGAAGGGAUUUCUGAAGAAGAUAAACAAGUAGUGCCUAUGUAUUCCAAUAAAAAGCCAAUUACGAACCUAAAGUAUAAAGGGAAAUCAUCAGGAAGUCUUAAUGCAUGCAGUUUGAAUCUGGGCUUUGGUGGCUUUCAGACUGCUUCCAAUAAGCAGAUUAAGUUCUCUGAAGUCAGUAUAGCAAAAGGCAGAAUGCUGUUUAAAGAUAUUGAAAAUGAAUGCUUUGAAGCCUGUUCUACGGAAAGAGUCAGAAACUUUUCAAAUCAAGAUAAAAAGGAGAGUAUGUUUUUCUCAGAUUCAGAAAGCAGCUUGGCUGGUAGUUUAUCUGAUUCUCUAGAUUCACAGACAAAUUUUCUUAAGCCCAGACAUACACAGUUUACUCCACACAAAACUGGCUUCUGUAAAAGCUUUCCUAGAAGCCCACAGUACUUGCAAGAAACGAAUCAAACCUUGACAGCAAGCCAAGAAGCUGAAAUUGCUGAACUUUCUAGUAUCCUGGAAGAAACAGGUAGUCAGUUUGAAUUUACACAGUUUAGAAAGCAAAGUAGCGUGAUACAAAGUCAUGCCUUUCAACAGUUUGGAACUGUAGAAACAUGUGGAAGAAAAAAUGUGGAAAAUAAUUCAGAAAAAAGGAAACAUGCUGGGUUUUGUAGCACUUUAAAAACUGAGAAUCAGGUGAAACCUGGUAAGUAUUGCAUGAAGCAGGAAGACACAAAUGAAGACUCUGAUGUCAUGGAAUACAAAAAAGAAAAUGCAGUGGUUUUUCAUGAAAAUGGCAAAAAGGUUACUUUUGCUAAUUUAGACAGAAAUGAAAGUGGACUACCUAAUGAGAGCUUUCCAGUAGCUAAAGGGGACAGCUUUUCUCAUUGUGUAGGCUUUAGUUCAGCUGCAGGAAAAAAAAUAGAUAUUUCUAAGGCAGCUUUGAACAGAUCUGCAGAGCUCUUCAGGGACUUGGAUGAUGAUAACUAUUUGUUUAAAUCUUCUAAAUCUAGUACUAGAUGUCACCAUUUAAAUAGUCAUAUGUCUUCUAACUGUAAUUUUGUCAGAUGCCUGGCAAAAGAUAAUGAAGGAAAAAUGGUUUGCGUUUCAGAUUUCAAAAGCAUAGAUGCUAUUUCCCAUCCAGGUUCUGUUUCCCACCAUGCACAGAAAAAAAAUGAAAAUAUUAGUGCACUGUUUAAGGAAAAUGCAGAAAAUCAGACAAAAAGAUCAAUAAAGUAUAAUGAAAAUGCUAGUUUCAGCAGUACUAGUGCUAUCAUCAGCGGUGUAUCAUUCAUUAAAAACUAUAACCAGAAUCAUAAAACUUCCAAGCAAUUUUUGAAUCAAGGAGAUCGCCAGGUUGAAAGCAAUCAAGAAGACCCAUUAGAUGUAACAUGUGUAGGAGAUGCUAUUACAGGUGCAGAAGAACAAAGUUUAAGUAUAGCAAAUGAAAUUAAAAACCUGUCUCCUAAUCAGAAAGGAGAAGACAGAAAGGAAAAUGAAUGCUCGUCACCAAAAUGUCAAAGUCCAGCUGGUAGUGAUAAAUCCAUUUCUGUUGCAGCUUUGGAUCAUUCUCUACACUUGAUCAAUAUACAACGUGCAGAAAGAGAUGUAAAUGUUCUGGACAAAUCUCAUAAAUUAAAGGCAAAUCAUAAAAAUAUGGAAGAAGACGCCACCCAUGAUAAGAUCCUGUUAGAGAAUGAAAGUGGAAUAAAAGUAGGUUCUUACCAUCAUCAAAUACCUGCUGAUCAAGAGGUAGAUGUUGAAAAAAAUGAAGUGAACAGGAGUUAUCUGACUGGAUUUCAUACUGCUAGUGGCAAAAAAAUAACAGUUGCUGACGGGUUUUUAGCUAAAGCUGAACAGUUUUUUGCAGAAAAUGUUGAUGUAAGAAAGGAACAUAAUGACUAUUUUAAAAACCCCUUGAAGAAAAGGAAAUGUGGUAAAAACUGUGUCAAAGACUGGGAUUUAUGUGUUGAAAGCACUGUUCAAUGUGACCCAGAUAAACUUAAUAAAAAGCUUGUUCCUGAAGAACCUGGAAAUAAAUUUAAGCAGGCAGUAGAGAGCAGUCCCAUUAAACAGGCUGUGCUUCUUGAUACUGUUAAAGUAGAUACUUCUUUCAAGCUGGGUGAAAGAAGUUUGCUAACUUCAUAUACAUGUGAAAAAGCUGAUGUCCGUCCUGAAAAGUCAGAAUUGGAAUUGCUUCCUGGACAGGAGGGGGGUGCUUUAAUUAGAACUUGUUCAUCUGAAGAUGAAAAACUGUUUGGAGAGAGAGAGAUGGAAUACUCACCCAAAAAGAGGGAUGAUUCAGAAAACAUGCAUGAUUCCCCUGUGCACUCUGCUGCAUCUCUGAAUUUAACGAAGAUAUCAAAUGAUCUCGAAGAUAAUUCUGUGCCUGGAGAUACAAAAGAUACUUUGUUUGCUGAGGAUAGAAACAGUAUAUCUGAUCAAUCCCUCCUCUUAACUUCGAAAAGUAACUGCUCUCAUUUGAACUGUGACAGUACAGAAUUUGACUUAGAACAUUUAAAUGAACUUUGUGCUGAUACACAUGGCUUCCUGAACAGCACAGUUAAUGCUUAUCAAAGCCAGUCACUAGUCAGUCUUCCUGAAGAUGAAACUAAUUUAGCUGAGUUAAAAGAAAUGGCACCUAGUGUUGAGAAUCAGAGGGGUGAUCUGAAACAAAUUGUGUUUAGUACAGCAAAAGGUAAAGCAGUUCCUAUUUCAGAAAGUGCAUUAGCAAGAGUCAGAGAAAUAUUUCUAGACGACUACAGUGAAUCUGUGAAAUAUGAGACUAACUUAAGAACCAAUCAAACAAAAAUUGCUGGAAAUACAUCUGCCAUCAUUCAUGCUGAAUGCCUGAAUUCCUUUAAGUUUUUAAAUGCUGCAGGAACUGAAGAGAUUAAUUCGUCCACAUCUCAUUUUAUUAAAGUAAAUGCAAGUGCUACUGAAAGUCAUUACCAGGAUAUAAACACAUCUGCAGAUGCAAAGCCUGUUUCAAAUUCUCAGAUGCGAAGCUUUGAACACAAUAGUAAGCUUCUAGGGCACUUGCCUAUUCCAGAUAAGCAGAUAAAGGAGUCAGAUUCUUCUACAAGUACUCGUGGGUUUUUCAGUACAGCAAGUGGUAAGCCUGUACAACUAUCAGAAGAGUCGCUCAGGAAAGCCCGGCAGCUCUUUUCUGAAAUGGAAGGGAAUCAGUCAUCUCAUGUACAAGAAGCAUUUUUAGUUGAGGAAGGUGUUGAAAAGUCUGAAAUGCACCCUGAAGUAGUUCGUAGGAAAAUGCAGCUACUGUUACCAAGAGGGGAAGAAAUUGCCAGCACUGAACUGAUUUCAGGUCCUGCUUUUGGGUUCAGCACUGUAAGUGGAAAGCAGGUAAAAGUCUCUAAAAAUGCCUAUCAAAAAACAAAGGCAAUUUUUAAAGAAUGUGAUGACUUUUUGAGCAGUGGGCCUUGCAUUACAGAUCAACUCAGUUCAAUUAAAGAGAGUGGUCAACAUGUGGAAUCUGUAACUGAUAAAGUGAUCUCAGAAUCCAAAAUUGAAAAAAGCUGCAAUGAAGACUUUGAUGUAGAAAGUAUCUACCUUGAGGAAAUGAAGUCUUUUCCAGGUACUCACCAUGUCAAAAUGCCCGAGUAUGUACCACAUAGUAAGAAAAACAAGCAGUUAACAUUUAAAAAUAACUUUCAGCAAGAGGAGACUAGAGCUUUUGGAAAAGGUCAGCUGAACCUGGGGAUGAAAACGGAGUCUGAAGCAGUUUCAUGCAGUGUUACUGCUAAAGCAGAAAGGAAUAUUAAUCUUCUCCAGACUCCAAAUAGUUACUUGGAAAUGGAGGCUGUAGAAAGUGCAAGAGCUUUUAUGGAAGACGAUCUUUCCAGUUCUGGAGCACAAAUUAAUGCUGCACAGUCCUUCAGUGGCCUACUGGAUAAAAAUGUUAAGACCUUUGGGAAGAGGUACUUCGAAGAAAACUCACUCGGAGAACCUCCAAUUAAAAGGCAGCUACUGCUUGAGUUUAACAAAACACGGAAUUCCCCUAGAUCUUUGAAAGCUUCAAAAAGCACCCCUGAUGGCAUUUUCAAAGACAGAAGAAAAUUUAUAUACCAUGUUCCUUUAAAACCCAUAACUUGUCAGCCUUUUGGGGCUACAAAAGAACGACAGGAAGUCAAGAAUCCUACCCUUACUCUACCAGAUCAGGACUUUAAAGGAUUCAGAUCUAAACCUGCCAUUUUUCAGCACUGUGCAAUAAGGCAGUGUUCAAAUGGUACUUCAGUGCUUUCUACUCCAUGUAAGGCCUCAACAAAAGAAAGUGAAGAAACAAGAAGAUUGUACAAAUCUGGCAAAACUGCUAAAACUUUUAUUCCACCCUUCAAAACCAAGCUGACAUUUUCAACAGGUGAACAGCACAGUAGCAAAAGGUGUGACUCACCAAUCAUGACUAAAGAGAUGGAAUUAAAUCGGAUCACAACUGAACACAAUAUUGCUGAACCUCAAGACCACCAGUCCUGCAUCCAGCAUGCAGCAGACACCGACCUAGAAAAUGGCAAUUUAGAUCUGGUCAAGAUGAUGACAAAUCUUUGUUGUGCCAGAGAUCUGCAGGAAAUAAGAAUUAAAAAGAAAUAUAGGCAGCAUAUUAGCUCCCAGCCAGGCAGUCUUUAUGUCAUUAAAACAUCUGCAAGAAACAGAAUCUCUCUGAAAACUGCAGUAGAAGAGAAAUCUCCCGGUUUCUAUUCUGCUGAAGAGCUUUACACAUAUGGUGUUUCAAAACAUUGCAUACAAGUUAACAGCACAAAUGCAGAAUCAUUCCAGUUUCUCAUCAAAGACUUCUUCAGUAAGGAGUAUAUAUUAGCUGGAAAUGGGAUGCAGCUUGCUGAUGGAGGAUGGCUAAUACCUACAGAUGAGGGAAAAGCUGGAAAAAAGGAGUUUUACAGAGCUCUCUGUGACACUCCUGGUGUGGAUCCCAAGCUAAUAACAGAGGCCUGGGUUUACAAUCACUAUAGAUGGAUUGUAUGGAAAUUGGCAGCCAUGGAAGUCUCUUUUCCACAUGAAUUUGCUAACAGAUGUUUGACACCAGAAACAGUGCUGUUGCAGUUGAAAUAUAGGUAUGAUUUAGAAGUUGAUAAAAGUAAACGAUCAGCAAUCAAAAAAAUUACAGAAAGAGAUGAUGCAGCAGGUAAAACACUUGUACUGUGUAUCUCUAAAAUCAUAUCGCUAAACGCCGUUGUAUCUCCUAGUGGUAGCAAUAAGAAUGUGGAAAGUAAAAAAGCAGCAGCAAUAAUUGAAGUUACUGAUGGCUGGUAUGGGAUUAGAGCUCUUCUGGAUCCACCUCUCAAAGCUUUCUUACAUAGAAGAAGGCUGGCUGUUGGUCAGAAGAUCAUAGUGCAUGGAGCAGAACUUGUUGGCUCUCAGAAUGGAUGUACACCACUGGAAGCCCCAGAUUCUCUUAUGUUAAAGAUUUCGGCGAACAGCACUCGCUGUGCACGAUGGCAUGCAAAACUAGGAUUUCACUCGGAUCCCAGGCCUUUCCCUUUGCCUUUGUCAUCACUUUACAGUGAGGGUGGUGCAGUGGGAUGUAUUGACGUAGUUGUUCAAAGAACUUACCCUAUUCAGUGGAUGGAAAAGACGUCAGCUGGUUCAUAUGUAUUUCGUAACAGCCGAGCUGAAGAAAGGGAAGCUGCCAGGCAUGCAGAGGGUCAACAAAAGAAACUGGAAGCUCUGUUUGCAAAAAUCCAAGCAGAAUAUGAGAAGCAUGAAGAGAGAACUAGCAGAACACUGAGAUCACGCACAGUCACAAGACAGCAAAUCCGUAAUUUGCAGGAUGGUGCAGAACUUUAUGAAGCAAUUCAAAAUGCAUCUGAUCCUGGUUAUAUGGAGGGAUAUCUCAGUGAAGACCAGCUAAAAGCUUUGAAUGCUUACAGGCAGUUAAUGAGUGAGAAAAAGCAAACUCAGAUACAGGAAGAAUUCAAGAAGGCUUUAGAGUCAGCAGCACAGGAAGAAAAUGGUUGUUCCAAAAGAGAUGUGUCUACUGUAUGGAAAUUAUGUGUGGUAGACUACAGAAAGCAAGAAAAACAUAAAGGGGUGAUGCUGAGUAUCUGGCGUCCACUGCUAGAUGUUUAUUCGUUGCUAAAGGAAGGCAGUCGGUACAGAAUCUACCAUCUGUCAAUAUCACAGUCCAAAGCAAGAUCAGACUCAACUAAUAUACAGUUAACAGCAACAAAGAAAACUCAGUAUCUACAACUGUCAGUAUUGCAGGAGGUGCUGGCACAGAUUUUCUUUCCAAGGCAGGUCCUAAACUUCACCAGUUUGUCAGAUCCUUCUUUUCAGCCACCAUGUGCUGAGGUUGAUUUAGUCGGAGUUGUCAUUUCUGUUAGCAGAACAGGUUUCACUACUAUGGUGUACUUAUCUGAUGAAAGCUAUAAUUUAGUGGCAGUAAAGAUCUGGACAGAUCUCAGACACUUUGCUAUUGAAGAUAUAGUUAUCCGCUGUGCAUUCAUUUCUGCAAGCAACCUUCAGUGGCAAUCAGAAUUCAGGUCAGAAAUUCCUAUGCUGUUGGCUGGAGAUCUUUCUGUAUUCUCAAGCAGUCCAAAGGAAAGCUAUCUUCUAGAGAAGGUUAAUGGACUGAGAAGUACAAUAGAGAAUGUGGCCUCCUUUUGCUCUGAUGCAGAAAGUAAAUUAAUGAAUCUGCUACAAAGAAAUCUCUUGCUUACACCCAGUUUAACUAAAAGAUGUGGCUUGGAAUGCCCCUCUCCUUUCUGCAACUCAGAUCUUUAUGCAGAGGAUAAAAGUUUGAUCUCUUCUAAAACUGAAAUAAAGCAUCCAAGCCCUCUGUCAACUAGCACACCAAAUAUGAAAUUUGUCACACGAGGGUCAGCAAAACCACCUUCACCUGCUACAAUUAAUGGUGACAAUCCCCAAAACAGCAAGAAGAGAAAAGCCAUGGACUUCCUUAGUUGCAUAGCCGCCCCUCCACCACUGACACCAAUGUAUUCAGUAAUUUCUCCAUCUUUAAAAAGAGCAUUUCAGCCACCACGAAGUUUGGGUUUACAGCAUAGCAAUUCAUCAAAAGAAACAAAUCAAAAUAUUGGUCAUGUCACCCCCUAUAGAAAAUUGAGAGAAAAUGGCCAUCUUCCUGAGAAUGACCUGGUUGCUGAUGAAGAACUUGCAAUGAUUAAUACACAAGCACUCAUGAAUAAUUUACCAGAAGAAAAGAAGAUUGAGUAUGUAAAUGAAAACAGCAAUACAAUAGCUACUAAUUUAUCUGACAAUCUUUUACUCAAAAAUAAUUCCAGGUCUACUAGGCAAGCAAAUAACUCAUCAAAAAGCAGUUCUGAAGUAGCUGAGGCUCUUCAGAAGGAGGAAGAACCUGACAACUUGUUACCAGCCCACAGAAUGCUACAAAGAUGAAACCCCUGA